GCAACUGGAAUAAACCCUAGGUGCCGUUGGAUAUGCUUGCCACACACUCCUCCCUAAGCGGAUACCACCCCGUAUAUCCUCUCUUUUCCUCUUUAACACUUCACUCCUUUUGUUCGAGUAAUUUCAUCCCAUUUUCCAAAUACUGAAAAAAAGUAACGAAUCCCAAUGAAUUAAUAACACUUCCACCGAAUAUUCCCAGCCAAAUUCCUUUCCCAAAAUUAAUUUAUCUUAUCUUCUUAAGAAAAUAAUUAAGUUUUCUUUUCCCUUUUCUCUUUAUAAAGCUUCUCACAUCACAUGUUUCUUGUUCUCCAUGUAACCUGUCUUGUAAGCUUUAAUUUAUGCUUAGCCACUCAGACCCUCAAUUCUUCUCCUUAUACUCAUCUACAUUAGCUGCUUUCAAAAAAAUAAAAACAAAACUUUGAAAACAAAAAGGAUAAAACUGGAAAAAGGAAUAUGUCAGGUUUUGUGAGAGCGAAGCGAGUUACCGAUCCUCUUGACGAUAAAGCUAAGGCUCGACUCGUCGGCAGGCAACUCAGUUAUGUCAGUAGCGGUAGCGAACACUCAGCAGACGACGACGACGGCUUACCUUGUUUGUCCGGGCUCGUUCACGGCUUUCUUGAGAGUGACGACUCAGAUUUAACUCACGACUCAGUUAAUGGUUACGAGUCGGAUUCAGAUCGAGUUGACUCAGUCGCCGAUUGUAAGGAUUUCGUGGAAGGUAUCCUGAGAUCAGGUAGUAGGGAUUCAUACAGGAAUUUAUUAUCCGCUCAUGUUUCGAAAGCGAUGGAAGCUUUUUCGUGCUUCAUCAAUCAAAGACCGGUUUUGAGGCGCAAAGUGAUGUCUUUCCUGAGAGAGUUAGGACACAAUGCAGCGAUCUGUAAGACUAAAUGGGAAUCUUCUGGUGGCGGUGGUUUAACCGCCGGUGGAUACGAGUUUAUCGACGUGGUGCAAUCAGAAUCCUCCACAUUGCAAAACCGUUACGUGGUGGAUCUCGAUUUCGCUUCUCAAUUUGAGAUUGCGAGACCUACGAGUCAGUUCUUGAAGCUUCUGCACUCUCUUCCUCGUGUUUUUGUAGGCAGAAGUGAGGAUUUGAAGACGAUCGUGAAGAGCAUCAGUGACGCCUCUAAGAGAUCGUUGAAGAGUCGAGAGCUGUCUCUACCUCCUUGGAGAAAAAACCGUUACAUGCAAAACAAAUGGUUCGGUCCGUACCGCCGGACUGUCAAUCCCUCACCGGCGACCCCGCCGUCGGUCGACGCUGUGAAAUGUAGGCGUGUCGGUUUCGACGACGCCGUUAACGGCCGUUUGUUUGUUCGUACGAGAUGAUCAUGGCUGCAGAAGACUUCUAGAAAGAGAAUAAUGGUUAAUAAUAAUUAAUCUUUUAAUUUA